AUGGAUCCAUACGAUAGCGACUCCUCCGGUUUCGAAGAUGAGGGGGACUACACUGAGACCGGAGUCGUACUUGGGUACGCCUCUGAGGAGAUAAUCGAGGACGCUGUUACCCAUAUUGGUGGCUGUCCGACAUGGCUAGACGAUUCUACCCCGCCCUCCGGAGAGUUCGCCAAAUGCAAAGUGUGCAACAACCCAAUGCUGCUCCUCCUCGAACUAGAUGGCGAACUAUACGAACACUUCCCAGACGCCGAUAGACGUCUUUAUAUCUUCUCCUGCCCCCGCAAAGUAUGCAACCGAAAGCCAGGCAGCAUCCGAGCUCUUCGCGCAACGAGACAACAUAAGAGCCACCAGCCGCCUCAGAAGAUCGAGAAGCAGGAACCAGAGAAGAAAGAGGUGGAACAAUUCCAGACGCCCAAGCCGGAUCUUGGUGCUAGCCUGUUCGGGAGUUCAACUCUCAUCAACAGCGUCUCCGCGAACGCAAACCCCUUCUCGUCGAAACCAGCAUUUGGCUCUACACAGUCAGCCAACCCUUUCGCUGCGCCUGUCGCUAGCCCGGCGCCGGCAUCCACGAAGUCUACUCCCAACACCCUCGCUGAAAGCUUCGCCGACAAAGUCCGCGUUUCCUCCCCGCCCCCAUCCACCCAAUCCGCCGAGCCAACUGGCCCACUAACGCCUUGGCCAUCGCAAUCGGAAUUCCCAGAACCUUACACAAACUUCUACAUUGACGCCGAGGGCGAAACCCUUUCGCGCCCACCAACCCCUAAGAUCCCCGACAACGUCACAAUCGAUACCAGCGAAGACGCCGAGGGGGGCAGCGGCGGCGCAGAUGCGAAAGACGACCUCGAGUCUGACAUCGAUAAGGCGUUCCUUAAGUUCUCCACCCGACUAGGCCAUAACCCGGAGCAAGUGCUGCGUUAUGAAUUCCGGGGUGCCCCGCUGCUAUACUCGUACACCGAUGCCGUGGGGAAACUGUUGCAUGACAACACCCCUUCUGCUGUGAAAAUUAGCACAAAAUCGAGCGGUGCGAGCCGUCUGCCGCGGUGUCAAUCUUGUGGCAGCGAAAGAGUGUUUGAGCUGCAGCUUGUCCCGCAUGCGAUAAGUGUUCUUGAGGAGGGCAGGCCAGGGGUUGGCCUUGGGAAGGAUGAUGGCGGGAUGGAGUGGGGAAAUAUCAUUUUGGGUGUCUGUAACAGGAAUUGCGGACCCAAGGAGAUUGGAGUCGUUGGGUAUAGGGAGGAAUGGGCUGGUGUGCAGUGGGAGGAGGCUGCUAAAUAG